AUGCCGGGGGAGCGGUGCCGCCUCCCGCUGCUGCUGCUGCUGCCGCCGCUGCUGCUGUUGCUCCCGGCGGCGCCGGCGCCCCAGAGCUGCCUCAGCAGGCAGCAGCUCCGCGCCAUCCGGCAGAUGCAGCAGCUGCUGAAGGGGCAGGAGACGCGCUUCGCCGAGGGCCUCCGCGCGAUGAAGAGCCGGCUGAGCACCCUGCACGCCUCCCUGACCAAAGCCGCCCCCGAGCCGCCGGCCGCCUCCUGCCCUGCCCUGCAAGCCCCCGCGGACGGGAGGAAGUUUGGCACCAAGUAUUUGGUGGAGCAUGAGGUUCACUUCACCUGCGACCCGGGAUUCCAGCUCCUGGGCUCCAGCACGCGGACGUGCCAGGCCAACGGCAGCUGGACCGGGCAGGAGCCCCGCUGCGCAGAGAUCAGCGAGUGCUCGAGCAGCCCCUGCCAGAACGGCGGGACGUGCCUGGAGGGGCUGAACCAGUAUAAGUGCCUCUGUCCCCAGCAGUGGACUGGAGCCACCUGCCAGUACCAGGCACAGACGGCUCCCCCCGCCUGGAGCGUCACGGACGACCCAGCGUUCAGUCGCCAGCCCCGCUGCGCCCAGAUUGACCGGACCCAGCACUGCAGCUGCGAGCCCGGCUUCCACAUGAGCGGCACGGCCGCCAACGGCCUCUGCCAGGACCUCAACGAGUGCGAGGUGUACAAGCGGGAGGGGGGUCCCCGGCUCUGCGCCCACGCCUGCGUCAACCUCCCCGGUUCCUACCGCUGCGCCUGCCCCGGCGGGUACGUCCUCCUGGGCGACGGCAAGAGCUGCGAAGACAUCGAUGAGUGCGCCCUGUCCCAGGAUAACUGCACGAGGGGGACCACCUGCAUCAACACGGGGGGGGGCUUCCAGUGCGUCAGCCCCCAGUGCCCCCAGCCCGCCGGCAACGUCACCUACGUCAAAACGUCACCCUUCCAGUGCGAGCGCAACCCCUGCCCGAUGGAGAGCCGGUCAUGCCACCAAGCACCCAAAACCAUCUCCUUCCACUACCUUCCCCUGCCUUCCAACCUGCUGACGCCCACCCCGCUCUUCCGCAUGGCCACGGCGGCGGCGCCCGGCCGGCCGGGACCCGACAGCCUGCGUUUCGGCAUCGUGGGGGGCAACAACCGCGGCCACUUCGUGAUGCAGCGCUCGGACCGGCAGACCGGGGAGCUCAUCCUGGUGCAGAGCCUCAAGGGUCCCCAGACCAUCCAGGUGGACGUGGACAUGUCCGAGUACCUGGACCGUGUCUUCCAGGCCAAGCACGUGUCCAAAAUCACCGUCUUCGUCUCCGCCUACGAGUUUUAGGGGAGGCGGCAGCCGGGGCGGCUUCCCUGACGGCGAUGGUCCCUGCUCAGCAUCCUCCACCCGAAAGCGCUAGCCCCGGAGGCAGGCGUGUAACGGGAGCUCCGGGCGACGUCCCACGCCGAAGCCUCUCUGCAGCCAACCAUCCUCCCCUCUGCGUUAAGGUUAUUCUGCCCAGGCGGCUUUUACACCCACCGACGUGAGGGAGGGGGGGGGAAAAAGCAAAUGAGGUGCAAAAGAAAUCAGGUGCGGGGGUUACCCGCUCGCCGGGGUGCGGGAGCAGAGCAUCGUCCUCACCCGAGGCUCCAGAAGGACGAUGUCCCACAGCCUCGGCGCCUACACCGCGCAGAAAACAGCGGAUAGAAACCACGGCCCUUAUUUCCUUUUUAAUUCCUUUUUUUCUGUAGGAAAUAAGCUCAGCUGGUGCAUGCAGGAGGAGGGAGGCUCAUAGCGGCUACCGCUCUCCUCCCCGCCGGCCCGGGUUUGCUUGCACUGGCCCCAGCCCCGUAAAAACAUGCCUCCGCUCCCCUUUGGAUGCCGAGAAAAGCCACGGCAGCCGGCGGGGAGGGGACUGGUCCGGCGUCUCAAUCCCCCGGGAUCAACUGGGACCGGAAAAAUCCACGAACGCCCAUCCCUACAAGACCUGGCCGGCUCUCGGUGCCCUCCUAGGCAAGCGGGACGUUGGUGCUGGGCAAAGGAGGAGUCCCAGUGCCCUGCAGACGAGGGCUGGCGAUGGGCCGGGGCCAUCCCGUGCUUCAGCCCAUGGGCAGCAGCUCCUUAAACCUCCCGGACUGGGUCGUGCGUGUGCAUCCCACCCCCCCCCCCCCCCCCCGACCCAUCCCCGUCCCGUCCCCCCGCCGCCGUGACCUCGGGGAGGGCUUCGGCUGCGCUUGGUGCUCGCGUCGAGGGAGCUCGAGGUGUGAAUAUUUGAACGUAAUUUCCUUUUUCAAUCAGCCGCAGCCUCCAGGCCGCUGUGCGUAAGCAGCUCCAGGAAUAGCUGGAGUUCGGCUGUAACACGUGCCGGGGUGGGGGGACACACACACACCACACCCCCCCCCCUCCCCGGUCUCUCUCCUCGGUACCGGUUCCUCGGUGCAGCGCUUGUGCAUGUUAACCGCAAAACCCCCGCCGUUAUGCAUGUUUCUCCAUUACGCUGGUUUUAGCACAAUUAAACGAUGGUAUAGCCUCUGAGCAGGCGC